CCAUCAAGACUUGAACCCCUUCAACCAUUGCCACCCCCAAAAGAACAGUGAAUUAGGGUUUUACAAUCUCAAAGCCACACUCCCAUUCCUCUCAUAUUCUCUUCAAUUCCUCUCGAUUAGCCAUGGCGUUAGAUCUUAUCAACCCACCAAAUUCCUCAAACUUCCAAAAUCCCAACCUCCUCAUCGGCGAAUGCUACAAUAUCAAGCUUACCCAAUCGCUAAAGCGCCUUUCAACCGAAGUUGGAGAUGAAAACACUAAAUCAGCUCAAUUUCUUCAGGAAUUCUACGAAUUAAUGCAAGCCAGAGUGGACCCACCUCUGGAAUCGAUCUGGGUCUACGCCGCUCUGUCAUUUCGCAGCCGUUACGACCCAAAAGACGAGCCUUUGGAUCGAAUUUCAGCUGCGAAACAGUUGUUUCAGUUGAUAUCUUCGUGUUCUUCCUCGUGCGAUUCUUCGAAAAGCGUGGCAUUGCUUGCUCCUGUUCUGUACGAGGUUUACAAGGUUGUCGUUGUGUUGUUUGGGAAGGAUUUGGCUUCCAAGAGGGAGAAGAAAGCGGUGAAAGAGGUCAAGUCUAUGGUGGAAGUGAUUCUUGGGUGCAUAAAUGUGUGUUCGAGCACGGAAGGCAAAUCAAACGGCUCAAAUUUGCUUGCGCCUUUUUCCGAUUUGGUUCGCAUUUGGGCGGGUUCGGACGCGGGAGUGGAGUCUUUCUUACCGCUUGUGAGUAGUGAGGUUUGUGGAAGAGUUGGUGAAGAAGGAUGUGAUGUGGGGUAUUUGGCUGGAGUUGUGAUUGUGGAGUCGUUUUUGUUGAAGCUGUGCUUGAAUUUAAGAAGUAGGAUUUCAAUUUCAAAGGAGGAUUUGGAGAAAGAGUUGAAGACUUGGGCUGUUGGUUCCAUAACUGGAUUUGGCAACUUUUAUUUUUUCGAGACCCUUGUGAGAAUGCUGUUGGAGAAGAGUUUGCCGCUUACAUUUCUGUCGAGUUCUGGAGAUGAAGUCUUGUUAAGGAAACUUCUGUAUGAUGCAGUCAUAUUGGUUGAUUAUUCUUUCCUUAAUCCUGAGAGAACAAUUGACCUACCUGCUGACCAAGUGAGACGCCUUGCCAUGGCAAGAUUAAUUGUUACACAUGAAGCUGUAGAGUAUUUUCGGGAACAUGGGGAUCAGAGGAGAUCUAUCUCCUACAUAAAUGCCUUCUCCAACUCUUGCUUAGCUGCCCAGCUAAUUAAAUGGAUCAGAAAACAGAUUCAUAUGGAGGAAAAUGAUAGUAAAUCUUAUGGAUCCUCACCUAAAGCUCUUAUUAAGUGGCUUCUGAGCCUUGAGGAUCAAGGGUUAAGAGUAUUUGAUGAUAGCAUCCUGAAAAAUCAUGCCAAACUGGUCUGUGAUACUUCGAGCUCAGAUUUUAAGCAGCAAGCUUCAGAGUUGGAGAGCACAAAAGUGGAUGAUGAUCUGCUAUUUUACGUAGAUAGUCGGGGAGAAGAGUUCGAUGGAGACGAGGACGAUGAAAAGAUGAGUGAAGUCAUGACAGCUGCUUUUGUAGCGGCUGCUCACUUGAUGAAAUCAGCGGAUAAUGAAGUGAAAAAACGGAAAGAAGGGAGAAGCACAGAAAAGAAAAGGAAAGUAAAAUUUCUCAAGUACGAGCCCUUACAGAAUUCGGAAUCACUAAGUGGAAGGUCCCCAGUUGUCAGUUAUGAUAGUGUGAGCAGUGGGAGUGAGGUUGAGAAUCGACUCUCUGAUGAAGAUGCAGAACAAGAUGAGCAAUAAGUUUUUUCAGUGACAAAGUCGGGUUGAGAGCUACACUCCUUCUGUUUUCGGCUUUGUCAUGCUUGUUUUUCUAACCAGUUCAUAGAAUAUCUAUGCAAAACCAGUGUGAGAUUUCCUCAUAGGCCGGCAAGAAAGCCGAUGAGCUGCUUUGCUUGCAUCAAUUUUGCCAAUGUUCUUAUGUAGUAGCUGUCUGUUGCUGUGACUUGUCACCAAUUUAUCGUGAGACUAUGCUUCUAGUUAUAGGAUGGGUGACGUGACAUGAUUUUUUUUUUCACUCUAAAAUCUAGUCCGGUUCUGUGAUGAGUUUUAGUAAAAAGUUAGAUGUGAUUUUUUGUCAGUAUUUUUUAUUAUAGUAAAUUAGAAUUAAAAACUCGGUUCAGAGAACUGAACGAGACCUAUAUGGUGUGGCUCAAGUUAGAAGAUGUCUAGGUAAUGUACCGUUUGUAAUAAGCUCAUAUCUUUUCACUAGUAUUUAGACAUUUAUGUCAUUAUGAAAAUGCUCGGAUUGGCCCUGUGUAGGGGAGUAGCUUCUUCUCAGCUCCGUGCCAAACUCCACAUUUCCCUGCAUUUAACAAGCCGAUAACACGCUUUCCCAUGUUAAGGAGUUGCGAGUGAGAUUCCAUUCUUUAUCAAACCUUUCGAUCUCUUUUAAUUCUCUGAUCUACUAAGAAUGUUACCCACACCAAGGCUCCAAUCUCAGGUGUAAAGAAAGUACUUGCACAGCAGUGAGGCCACAGUGGUCAAACGAAACAUCUCGAACGACAGGGCAAAUUUUGAGGAAAAAUG